AUGGAUUACUUCCACUUCCUGCUUUUCUGGAGUCUCAGCACCCAGACUCCGUGGCCCUACCGCUGGCUCUUCUGCAUUGCCUUCAGCCGUGAUGAGCCCUGGGGAACUCUGAGGAGGUUUACCUUGACCGCUCUCCGGGACUUGGGCCUGGGCAGGCGGAGCCUGGGAGAUUGGAUCCAGGAGGAGGUGGGCUGCCUGGAGGAGGAGUUGGAGAAGUCACAUGGCACACUCUUUGACCCCACCUUCCUGAUUCACUGUUCCAUCUCCAAUAUCAUCUGCUCUGUGGUCUUUGGCCAUCGUUUUCACUGCCAGGAUGAGGACUUCAAGACUUUUCUAGGAUUGCUGGCUGAAAACCUGAAGAGAGUGGACACAUUUUGGGUGCAGCUCUUUGAGGUCUUCAAGAAGCGGAAGGCGUUUGUGGCCCCAGUGGUGAGGGAGCAUGAGAUCUCUCUGGACACGGCUCAGCCCCGGGACUUCAUCAAUGCCUUCCUCAUUGGCAUGCAGCAGGAGCAAGGGGACCUCCACACAGAAUUCAACCAAAAGAGUUUGCUCAUUUCUAUUCUAGACACCUUUUUUGGCCAGGAUGGAGACAACCAGCACCACCCUCAGAUAUGGGCUCCUGAUCCUCCUGAAGUCCCACAGGACACAGAACUUAUACAGCAGGAGAUUGACCGACUGGUGGGGCCAAAGAGACGGCCCUGCCUGGGGGACAGGGCCUGGAUGCUGUACACAGAUGCCAUCCUCCAUGAGAUCCUGAGGUUUGCAGCCAUCAUACCUCUGGCCAUGCCCCAUGCUGUCACCCAGGACACCCAGUUCUGGGGACACCACAUCCCCAAGGGCACCACGGUGUUCCCACUGUUCCACUCUGUCCUCCACAACUCUGACCAGUUCCAAGACCCCGCCUCCUUCCAGCCCGAGAGGUUCCUGGAUGCCAACAGAGCUUUUCGGAAGUGCCCUGCCUUUCUGCCCUUCUCUGCAGCCCUGCACCUGCAGCCCCAGGAUGGUGGCCUCGGGAAGCAGCUGCCACCUUUCCAGCUCAUCCUGCAACCGCGACAGCUCCUAGAGAGCUAA